AAAAGGAAUCCCCUAGCAGUUACCCAUUUUCCUUUGUUUCCAAAAACAGAAAAACUGUUUUUGAAAAAAAAAAAAAAAAACCAAUCAUACCCCUAAAACCAAGGCUUCAAGCCCAAACAUAUCAGAAAGAUCAUCAGAUACUCAAAAUCUUCUAAAUAAAAAUCCACGCCAAAAGUGCAUUCUCCACCGUCCGAUCACCGCCACUUUCUCAGCCGUUCGAUUUGAUGACUACCGUGUUGUCAUGUCGCCGGCGUUGAUAGACUCCGGCACCUCGUCGAUUGUCCUGCACCUGCCGUCCGUACACUCUCCGCGGAACCCUAACCCUAACGGUCAGAUUUCUCAUUCUCCGCUUGUCGAUUUUUCUGAGUUUUGUUCAAAGGAGAAGAUGAAGUCGUCAAACGCUGGUAAUAGAGCUUCUGGGUUUCCGAACUCGAGCGAAAUUAAUCAGAAUUUUAGCUUCAAUUCGUGGGUGAUGCAGCGAUCGGGAUCAGAAAAUGCGGCAUUUGGGUUGAGUUCGGGUGUUUCGAAGCCGCGUCUCGGGAAGGCGAGGAAACACUUGAAUUCUCAGCAUCCUAGGUCAUCGAAUGCAGCCCAGGAAACUCGGGUGGGCCCUGGAUUUAAUCCAUUCCGACCAGUUUCCGAUAUGUCUUUUGAGGGAGAGCCGAGUGGUGGAAAUGAGUCAUUUGUGUUUGGUGCAAAUAGGAGUAAUCCAAACCUAAAUCUGAAUCCAGGUAAUGAAAUUCUAGAUGAAAUGAGGAAGUUGAAAAUUGCGAAUGAAAAUGUGGGUGGCAGAGCAAGUUCUAGUGUUUCAGAGGGAUUGGUUGAUGGCUCUGGUUUUGAUGAAAGUUUGGCAUCAGAGCUGCCGAAUGAGAUGAGGAAGUUGAAUAUUGAAGCUGCAGUGAAUCGGGAAUGUUUUGAGAAAAGUAAUAAUUCGAACAUUGACUCAAGUGUGACAGAUAAAACCCGAUUCACCUUUCAGAGAGGUGACAAUGUGGGUGGUUCCUUAGGCAGGAGCCUGGGAUUUCAACGCUCAAAUGAACUGAAGAAAUCAAACAAGAGUGAAGAUGGUAAUGUUGCUAUUAAUUUGAUUGAUGCAAAUAAAUUUGUGUUUGGAAGCAGUAGGAAGGGUAUUGAUUCUUUCAUGGGAAGCUCAUCAAGUACACUUCAUGAUCAGAUGAAGAAUUUGAACAUCGAGGAGUCUGUGAAUACUAAUGUUGUUGAGAAGGAAGAGGCUGAUAACGAGACAAUUAACAAGAACAGUUUUCUUUUUGGAAGCACUGGAAGUGCUAGGGGUUAUUUUAGUGGAAUAGCAGAGAAUUCAUUGGCUGAUGACAUGAGGAAGAUGAAAAUCAGAAACGGGGUAGGAGAUACCUCUGGUCAAACAAAUACAGAAAAAUUGGGUGGUGAGAAAUUCCACAAUGUUGGUAAUUCAAUUCCCACAAAAUUCACUUUCCAGGCAGUGACAAGUGUUAAGAAUUUAAGUGGCAGCCAAGGCCCCUUAGACCAAUCAAAUGAUGACAUCAAAAUGAAAGGAAAACCUGGAACAUUUUCAUUUUCAUCUCAUGACAUUCACUUGCAAGCAUAUGAGAAUACUUUUCAGGCACCUUCCAUGGACAAAUCUGAGGACAGGUUUAGUUUUGCUAAUAAACUUGAAGAAAGAGGGACACCCCAUGUAGACUUCAGUACACCAAACCCGAAGGUUGACCUAUUUUCUAGUGUUAAUAAAAAAAUAGAAUUCAGUGCGAAGAGGGCAGCAGUUGGUGACACAAGAGUCAAGAGAAGGAAGGAAAAGUUGAAGCAACCCAACCCAAACCAGCGGUGGCUUGGGCAAGAUUUUGUUUUAAGAGAAAGCAGUUCCCAAGAAAACCCAGAGGCUUCUGAAUCUUAUUCUCCAAUGGAUGUUUCCCCGUAUCAAGAAACACUGGCUGAUAAUCAGUUUUCAAGAGAAACCUCUGAGAUAUCGGUGGAGUCUAUUCAUCUUGACAACAGCUAUGCAUCAACUGAUUCUCAUAAAACAGUUUCAAAUGAUGCAAUAGAUGAAGAUUUGGUUGUUGCAACACAAUGCUUGAAUAUCAAUGUUGAUGAUGUGAAAGGCAGAGAAACAAAAGAAGGUGAUGAGGAUUGUUUUGAUCAAAGCGUUGGUGCUGGAGGUUCUCUAGAAGAGUCUGUUUCUGGGACUGAAACUGAAAGCUUCAAGUCUCUGACAGAGCAAUUUGACAUUAACAGUGAUAUCGCUUCUACUUCAGCAGAAACUGAAGUUAGUUUAAUCUCAGACAUUGACAAGCAAGUUAAUGAUGGCAGAACACAAUUUUGUUUUGCCUCAAGCUCAGAAGAUGUUGGCAGCACUAAUUUUACCUUUGCUGCAUCUUCCUCUGGUCAAGAUCAGUCAGCAGCAGCAAUGCGCUACCAUAGAAAGAAAAAUCGUAUAAAAGUUGCUCCUGAUUCAUACGAUUCAGCUCCAAAUUUAAAAGUUCCAUAUACAUCAUCCUCUGUGCAGUUUUUCCCACUUUCUGGUACCUCACCACUUUCAUCCCAAGGGCGAGGUCAAAAGGGAAACAUAUCUACUUCUCUAUGCAAAGGGAGGAAUGGUACUGAUUCUACCGAAGUGGAUAAGCAAAAGGAUAUCAAGCAAGAGUUUAACUCUACUUCUGCUGCAACUCUUGCAGCUCAGGAAGCCUGUGAGAAAUGGCGAUUGAGGGGAAACCAAGCCUACACAAAUGGGGAUUUGUCUAAAGCUGAGGACUGUUACACACAAGGGGUGAAUUGCAUUUCUCAAAGUGAGACAUCUAAAAGCUGUCUCAGGGCUUUGAUGCUGUGUUAUAGCAACCGUGCUGCAACACGGAUGUCUCUUGGAAGAAUGAGAGAAGCACUGGGAGACUGUUUGUUGGCUGCUGGUAUAGAUCACAACUUUCUCAGGGUGCAAGUUAGAGCUGCAAGUUGUUACCUUGCCCUAGGGGAAGUUGAAGAUGCAUCUUUAUAUUUCAAGAAGUGCUUGCAGUCAGGAAAUGAUAGCUGUGUGGACCGGAAAAUUGCAGUGGAAGCAUCUGAUGGCCUUCAAAAGACACAGAAAGUAUCUGAUUGCAUGAACCAUUCUGCCGAGCUUUUGGAACAACGAACAUCUAGGGAUGUAGAGACUGCUUUGGGAAUACUUGAUGAGGCUUUGAUAAUUAGCUCAUUCUCAGAGAAAUUACUUGAAAUGAAAGCAGAGGCUCUUUUUAUGCAGCUGCGGAAGUACGAAGAGGUGAUUCAGUUGUGUGAACAGACACUUGGUUCUGCUGAAAAGAAUUCUCCUACUUUAGGUUCUGAUGGUCAUUUAGCAAAUCUAGAUGGUUCUGGACUCUCAAAGGACUCCUCAUUCAGGCUCUGGCGGGUCCGCUUGAUUUUCAAGUCUUACUUUUAUCUAGGAAGGCUUGAGGAUGCUCUUACAUUACUAGAGAAGCAAAAGGAAUUUGGACUGUGCAGGAAUGGGAACAAAACUCUGGAAUCAUCCAUACCCUUGGCUGCCACUGUUCGUGAACUACUGCGUCAUAAGAAUGCAGGAAAUGAAGCAUUUCAAUCAGGAAGGCAUGCAGAGGCUGUUGAACACUAUACUGCUGCUUUGUCAUGCAACAUUGUGUCACGUCCUUUUACAGCUAUUUGUUUUUGCAAUCGUUCUGCUGCCCACAAAGCGUUGGGCCAAAUAUCUGAUGCCAUUGCAGAUUGCAGCUUGGCCAUAGCUCUUGAUGGAAAUUAUCUAAAGGCUAUUUCUAGACGAGCCACUUUAUUUGAGAUGAUUAGAGAUUACGGACAAGCAACUUCUGAUCUUCAGAGACUUGUAUCUCUUCUCUCAAAGCAACUGGAGGAGAAGGUGAAUCAGCCUGGAGGAUAUGACAGAUCAACAAGCUUUGGAAAUGAUCUUAGACAAGCUCAGUUGCGACUUUCCUUAAUGGAAGAAGAAGACAGAAAAGACAUCCCCUUGGAUAUGUACCUCAUUUUGGGAGUUGAACCAUCUGCCUCGGCAUCAGAUAUUAAGAAGGCAUAUCGGAAAGCUGCACUUAGACAUCAUCCUGACAAGACUGGUCAAUCCUUGGCAAAAAGUGAGAAUGGGGAUGGUGGGUUUUGGAAGGAAAUAGCAGAAGAGGUCCACAGGGAUGCGGACAAGCUUUUCAAAAUGAUUGGAGAGGCAUAUGCAAUCCUUUCAGACCCAUCAAAGCGCUCACGGUACGACCAUGAAGAGGAGAUGAGGAAUGCACAGAAGAGAGGAAAUGGAAGCAGCACAUCAAGAGUCCAUACAGAUGUCCAAAAUUUUCCAUUUGAGAGAAGCAGCAGCAGGAGACAAUGGCGGGAGGUUUGGGGAUCAUAUGGGCACUCAUCCUCCCGAGGGUCCGAAGCGGCUCGAUCAAAUAGGUACUCAUGACUACUGUGUGCAAGGUACAUGACAGGAAUCCUGAGAUGUCUAGCCCUACCCAGAAAUUAUGGAUUUGUGCAGUUAGCAACAGUCUUCAUGUAGCUUCCUUUUAGUAAAGGAGACCAAGCAAAUGGGUAAUCACUCCAGCUGGAUUACAAGGAGGACAGCCAUGUAGAUGGAGGUUCCACAUUGUCACUGGAGUGAGAAAUCUGCUUCCAAAGGGCUCUGGAACCAUGAAAGAAAAAUGACUGAAACUUUCAUUUUUUUCUUCAUAGAAAAAAAAAAACAUUUUUUUUCUUCCAGAAAAUUACACAAAGGCUCAAAAUCAUGAUUUUGAUAUCUGAUAAUCUAGGGAUAGAGGAUUUCUUUUCUUUUCCUCUCUCUUUUCCUUUUUCUUUUUCCUUUUGUUAAGUUAAAAAGGUUUGUUUCUUCAAACAAGAAAAAAAAAAGAAAAAAAAAAAUGGUGUGCCCUGAGAGUGGUUUAGUGUGAGAAUGUUCCUGUUUGUUUGAGCUAUGUAAAUGCACCCGGCAACAUGUACAGAUGCAACUAAAUAUAUAUUGAUGGAGUAUGGUGAUGAUAUGGAAGGUUUUUCUGUGUGAAAAGAAAAUUGUUGAUUAUUUUGAUUAACCA